AAUGGUUUUGCAUAUUCCAAAUUUUUUAAUAAAAGGUGUUGUUUUCUCUUGGAUGGGAUAUUUAACAUACUAAUAUUUUUAGUAAGAUUUACAAAUAUAUUAAUUAGAAUGUAUCGAUUAGAUCAAUAAACUAAGAAAUUAGAUGCAUAUAUUAAGUAAGAGUAGAGAAUUAUUUAAUUAGAAAUAAGGCUUUGAAUGGAGAGAAAAUAGAAAUCCCAGAAGAGCUCUAAUAAGCAAAAUUAUAUUAAGAAAAUCAUUGUAAUUAAUUAAAUUAUACAGAUGGACAGAAGCUUUUAGAGAGAAUGAAAACUCAACAUGUUUUAGAGGAAUAAGUGAAAUAUGCAAUAGCAUAGAAGAAAGAACUGAGACAAAAAUUAGUUAGUGAAAGCAAUGAAAAAGAAGUAGAGUAAUUAGAAUAAGAAUUAUUAUAAUUGAAUUAAUUGUUCUCAAAAAUCUAAUCAAAGAAUGUGCCUAAAGAUUGAUGU